GCUUGUGGAGACCAGCCGGAAUCCACAGGCUUCUCUUCUUAUUCUCCAAUCCUCUGUUAGAAACCAAACCCGACACAGGCAUCAGAAGAUGGAGGAUGAUGAUGGUUACGCUAUCAUGACCCGGACGAAGAGGAUAAACUCAACCCAGCCAUCUCAGCUCAGGAGCCAAGGUUCUCCUCCCGGUCUCGACAGUUAUAAAGUUGCUGUGGGAAUCUUAGGGGCUGUGUGUGUCCUUUUGGUGUUGGCUGUGAUUGCUCAGAGUGUCUGGGGUUUCCAGGCCGGACAGGCCAGUUGCAGCGCACAAUUCGACGUCUGGCAGGCGGCCUUCGUGUCUCGUCUCAAGCAGAGUCUGUGUGACCCAGCCGGGAACGGCCCAGCAGGGGGCACCGGGUGCAAACUCUGCCCCAAGGACUGGCAGACGCACAACGGAAAGUGCUACUGGGAUUCUAAAAGGAGUCAGAUGUGGAACGAGAGCCAGAAAGACUGUGAAUUGAGGAAUUCACAAAUGCUUGUGAUCCGGGACCAAGAGGACAUGGAUUUCAUAAACAUGAUCACAGAAGGCACAAGCCACGUCUGGAUCGGCCUGAACAUCACGUCCCACACUGGGAACUGGACCUGGGUGGACGGCUCCCCUUUAAAUCAAACGCUGUGA